AUGCUAUGUCCUGCUUCCCAGUGCAAACCCGAACCGGCAAACGCAGUGCCUCCUUGUAAUGGGGCUGCGCUCGUAGCAGCAGGUGCUGUGCAGAGGACUGCUCAACCACGGGCCCAUCACGCUGCACAUAUCUUUCUGCGUGUUUCGCGGCUUGCAUGCAUUGCACCAGCAGUCAGGGUGCGAGGAUGCAGGGUAUGGAAAGGCUUGACGCGCUAUCGCACGCAGCUCCAGCUGACGUCACGCAUCGAUUUCUUAGUGGAUGCAGACACACACAGCAUCUUGGAUAUCAAAAGCGCCAUCAGCAUACUGCAGCAAGAAGGAGGGGCUGUGGAGACCAAAGUGUUCGCUGAACCGGCCAGAGACGAGAACAAGAUGUGGCGGCAGUUCUUUCGAGAGUCGGACAUCUCCUUUCGACCUGUGCCUCGAGGGAAAGGCACGAGAGGGGAGGCCAACGAUAGCGCCAUCGUCCGAGAGGUUAAGAGACUCUCUAAAAAGACACCUCGCCGAUGCAUCGCGCUCAUGACGCAAGACACUGGCUUCUCUGAGACCAUCCGAGGAGCUUUGGCUCAGGGAAACGAGGUCCUGGUAGUGACUCCAAUAGCCGCCACGACACAGAUCCGCGAGAUGGAGUCUGCAGGCGCGCGUGUUGUGACCACACAGCUUGCAGCAGACACCAGUCCCAAGGUUAGGGCAGUGCUGCACGAGGACGGCAGCGGAACAACGCAUUUUGCGGAACCCUUUGUGUACUCCUCGUACGACAACCCUGAAGUUGUGUUUACAGCCAUGCACUUCAUGCAGGACUUGGGCUAUCGAGAGGACAAGGGGUACUUGGUACAGUCGAUUGCCAAGUUUUGGUUUACAAACGGACUGGGACCCCUGACCGUCUUUCCAGGCCAAUGUGCGAACAAGGCAGUUUGUGACGUGGCCAGCAAGCAUGGCACCCCUGCUUGGACAAGAUACACGAAGCCCUUAGCUUUCUUCCUUCCUGUCAGCUCAAGAGGCAAGUCCUCAAAGGGGGCGCGCAAGAAAUUUGGCAGCACACAUGCGCGAGCUGUCUUCAAAGGAGAUGGGCCGUUCAUCCUUAGGGACUCCUCAAACCUUGUCGCGGAAGCGCUUGAAAGUUUGGGAUACAUGGACAGGCAGUGGAACACUGACUUGUCAGAAGCAAUGCUCACGUUCCUCAAUGUAACUGACAACAAGAAGAUUCUCCGCAAGCAGUUCGAAGCGCUACCAUCACCUCAAGACACGAUGCCAGAAGUCAGGGCGAGGCUGAGAUCGGCGUUCUUGUCGAAUGGUUCGGAUGGUGAGUGGCGAAUUGCACCUAAAGACACAGCAGUGCGAAAGUUCCUGCACAGCAAAGGCUUGUUGGGCUCGGAAGGAGCCUCCAGGCGGAUUGUUUUCAGGGCAAUGAAGAAGUAUGCCAAGAAACGCAAUUUCUCAACUAUGCAGAACUACAACACGUACGUUUCCCGAAUACUGGGCAGGCCGUCCGACCCCAACGCGUUGGGAAGUGUCGAGUUCAGCCUCUAG